AGCGGAGGCAUAUAUCGUGUGGGUUAUUUUCCCUGCUUCCUUUUCACUGUGGCCGCCAUAGCGUGUGGAACGUGUAAUACCGGCGAGCCGAAAAUAUUAAAGAAAUAUGGCUUGUACCCGUCCCUUGAUCUCGGUUUAUUCCGAGAAAGGAGAGUCUUCCGGCAAGAAUGUUGUCAUGCCAGCCGUGUUCAAGGCUCCCAUUAGGCCCGAUAUUGUCAACUUCGUGCAUACCAAUAUGCGCAAGAACAACCGUCAGCCUUAUGCAGUCAGCAAACUGGCCGGACACCAGACGAGUGCCGAGUCCUGGGGAACAGGAAGAGCUGUGGCCCGUAUCCCACGUGUGAGGGGAGGUGGAACGCACCGUUCCGGCCAGGGAGCCUUCGGAAACAUGUGUCGUGGAGGUCGUAUGUUUGCGCCUACCAAGACUUGGCGCCGCUGGCACCGUAGGAUCAACAUCAACCAGAAGCGCUAUGCCAUCUGCUCUGCACUGGCCGCAUCUGCCCUGCCUGCCCUGGUCAUGUCCAAAGGGCACCGCAUCGAGGAGAUCCCCGAGGUCCCACUGGUGGUUGACGACAAAGUUGAGGGAUACAAGAAGACAAAGGAGGCAGUGCUUCUGUUGAAGAAGCUGAAGGCCUGGAACGACAUCAAGAAGGUAUACGCCUCCCAACGCAUGCGUGCUGGUAAGGGUAAGAUGAGGAAUCGUAGACGUAUCCAGCGCAAAGGACCAUGCAUCAUCUACAACCAAGACGCCGGUGUCACCAAAGCCUUCAGAAAUAUCCCAGGCAUCACACUGCAGAACGUUAACAAACUGAACCUCCUGAGGCUCGCCCCCGGUGGCCACGUCGGACGCUUUUGCAUCUGGACCGAGAGCGCUUUCCGUAAGCUGGAUCAGCUGUAUGGCACCGGCCGCAAGACCUCCACCAUCAAGAUCAACUACAAUCUCCCAGUGCACAAGAUGACCAACUCAGAUUUGAGCAGAAUUCUGAAGAGUGAGGAGAUCCAGAAGUCCCUGCGUGCACCAAACAAGAAGAUCAACCGCAGAGUCCUGAAGAAGAAUCCUCUGAAGAACCUGAAGAUCAUGAUGAAACUGAACCCCUACGCCAAGACGGCGAGACGCCGUGCCAUCCUCCAGCACGACCCCGCCAUCAAGGCCAAGAAUCUGAAGCCCAAGAAGAGGCCAGCAAAGAAGACCAAGAAGGUUGCUGCGGCCCCAGCCCCUGCAACUGCAUAAGCCCAGGUUCAUACAGGCGGUUGGGUGCAAUUCGGGUUUACAAUAAAAAGGCUCUCGUAAAUACA